UAAAUUUCCUUUUGGCAACAGCGGUUUCUAUCCAGACGAUACCGAUCAUAAAAUUAGGACGAUACUGAUAGGGCGAUGGAAUGGAACCGAUCUGUGUUGAAAGCAGCAUAUGCUGUCUUAUCGUUCUUUAAAUGUAUUUUGGUUUAGGAUAUGGAGUUGGGGCACAGAGUAUGCAUACGAGAUCUAAAUCCACAAAUUGUAUGCAUUCUCUGUGCUGGUUACUUCAUUGAUGCCACUACGAUCACAGAGUGUUUGCAUACAUUUUGUAAAAGUUGCAUUGUGAAAUACCUACAAACUACCAAAUACUGUCCAAUGUGCAAUGUCAAAGUACAUGAAACUCAGCCAUUGUUGAAUUUAAAGAUAGAUAGAACUCUUCAAGACAUUGUAUAUAAAGUUGUACCAGGCCUGUGGGAUAAUGAGAUGAAGAGGCGUCAAGAUUUUGAAAAAAUGAGAGGUUUGAAGAGAUGUGAUGAUGAAGGUUCUGUUGAUAGUAUUUUGGAAGAAAUUGAUGAUUCUUCUGUUUCUAACCAGCAUUACUUUUUGCAUGAUGAACUUAUACAUAUUUGCCUGCAGCCAUCUGAAAAUGGCUCUAAUUGUAAAGGACCAAAACAACCUCUUCAGAAAUUUGUAAGAUGCUCAGUCAGAGCACAAGUCUUUCACUUGAAAAAACUUAUCAAGAAAAUCUGGCCUCAUGUUUCAAAUAGAGAAGUGCUUGUCAUGUGCAACAAUGAGGUAUUACCUGACAACCAUUGUUUAAAAAGGAUUUGGUUGUCUCAUGGUAAAGAAGUGAACCCUCCUCUUAAACUACAGUUCUUUGUUAGGACUUAAAUAAAGUCAAUAUUGGUGCCUUUAUUGCUAUUAUUAAUGUGAGAGAAGAAACCAUAAACUAAGAAAGAGCACAUCUAAAGAUUAAAGCAUAUUUUUUCUAGAGGAAAAUUUUGAAAGUUAUUUAUGUUUAUCUGAUAGAUAUGUAUAAAGAUCUGUUUCUGCAAUUAAAUGUGCUUGUAGUUAUUUUCAAAGACUAGUCCUCUUAUAUGUUUGAGAAUACGUAAUUGUUCACAGGAACAACAAAUUUGUAUAUAAUGUAUGUAUUAUUCAGCUUAAAAGAGCAAAUAGUGUGAUAAAUGACAUAUUUCUGAUGUUGGAUUUAAAAAUUAUAUUGUUACGGAAAGAUGUUUAGCUGUAUGUGUGGUUAUGCUUUUAAGUAAUGCAGUCAUGUUUUUGUUUUGUUUUGUCUUGUAGUUUGCUAGUAUUUAUAUUUAACCUUUUUGUUUCAUAUUAACGUAGUUUUUAGUAUAUAAUAAUGAAAUCAAAAUAUUCUUAUUGAGGUUUCAGAUAUCUAAUUUUAAUAGAAUAUAUUUUAUCAAAAUUGAUUUUUGAAAGUGUGAUAUUUAGCUAUUUGAUUUAUUGUUUAGCUAAAAGAAAAUUGCAUUACAGCACACUUUGAUUAUUCCUGGUUAAAAAAAAAUUCCCUUUUACAGUAUUUAUUUAUAUCUGUUUCAUUUUAUUAUUUGUUUCAAGAUCUCUAUCUUAUUUUCUUCUGUGUUAAAACGUUACAAUUUUCUCCUGCAAAAUAUUUUCAUUAGAAUCACUUAAAUAUAAUCUUUGCAUAUUCAAACACUUUGCAGUUUAAAAAAAGAGAUCUGGUAUUUACUAAAUUUUUUAUUCCAUAAGUGAAAAAUUUGAGUAUAUAUAUAUGUAUAUAUAUGUGCAUGUGUAAGAGUAUGCUGUAAAUUAUACUUCAGAGCAAAACUUUGUGUUGCAAAAGUUAAGAAUCAAAAUCUGUUUUGAUUCAUAUUCAUUUGAAAGUUGAAUUCUAAAGUAUAUUGAAUGUUAAACAUCUUCGAAAAUAAUUUAAUGUUGUGCAAUUUAGAAUGAAAAAUGUAUAGCUCUUGUACAAAUAAUGGGUAUGAUGUGUAUUUUAUAUAUUUUUAGUGUUAUGUAGAAUAUUAAGAACAUAAAUUUAUGUAUACCAUUAUGUAACAUAUUUUGGAAAUGUCAUGAAAACAGUGACUAUUGUUUGUAUAAUUUUUAAGAAAAAAUUAACUUUUAUUUUUAUUGUGCAAUAAAAUUGUGCUUAGAAAAGGAUUUUCAUGUUUAAAUCGAAUUAAUACAAUAAACCUUUGUUUAAAAUGUUUUUUAUUGCUCAUGGUAGCCAAACCAUUUGAGUCAUAUAGUAUAUAUAUUCAGAUUGUAUUGUUUCAUGUUUCUUAUGUAUUUUUAAUGUAUAAUUUAUUUUAAAUUGUGAAUUAUGGCUCACUGAUAUUUAACUUUUCAAUGGGCCUUUUUUAUAAAUUGUAUGUAUUUUUAAUGUAUAAUUUAUUUUAAAUUGUGAACUAUGGCUCACUGAUAUUUAACCUUUUAAUGGGCCUAUUUAUAAAUUUAUGUACAGUGUACAGAAAUACAGAAUACAAUCUACAAAUAUUUUUUCCUGACUUCAUUUUAAUCUUGUUUUAUUUCAGUUGAAAUAUUCUGAAUUCAUUCUUAAUGAUGUACAUUAACAUUUAGAAAAUAUAUCAUGUAAGAAAUGUUAGACUAAUUUUUUAAUACUUGAUACCAGAUGCUAUUGUUUUUGCUGAGUAAAAUUUUAUUUCCAGGCAAAAUAGAAAUCAUUGCCAUUUAGUUCUUUUUUACAAACUUAUUAUCCAAACCAUUUAGAGAGACAAAUACAGAACUACAUCUUGAAAAAUCUCUUUUUCCUGUAUUAAUACAGUAGGUACCACUUGAUUUGAUAACAGUUGUCCAAGCCUAUUUUGGGUAGCAUUAAAUGAUGAUAAAAAUAGCCUUCAAAAUAUCAACAGAAUUUUACUGAUUUAAUAUAAAUAUAACUAGAGACAUAUAAAUACUUGCUUUUACAGCAUUUAAUUAUAAAAAAGUUAUUAAUAAUAAAUUAUUUUCUGCAAAUGUUACAUGAAAUUUCAUUUAUGAAUUGUUCAAGUUCAUCUUCUAGUUACCUCUAAGAAAAUUCACCGAUUUUAUCAUCUCUUUUUUUUUUAGUUUUUGUUCUUUAGCUUCCACUAUUUCAUCAUUUAUUAAAAGACUAACAUGCUUAAAACAGUUUAUUGAGUGAGGCAUUAUUCUAAUACAUGUUCUUCUAAUAAACGUUAGUUUUCCUUGCUAAUUUAUGUGCACUUUACAUAUCAUCUAUAUUAUAAAGGUCAGUAACACUCAUUUCAUGGCAAUAAUGUUUUUUCACUGUUGUAAUAAUCCUUUGAUCAUAGGGCUAAAGUAUGGCUGUGCUACUUGCUGGUGAGUAUACAACUUCAGUAUGUGUAAGAGGAACAUUUAUGUUAAAUGCUGUACACUUCUCAGUAAGGAGAAGAAUAUCGUUCUUAAUUUUUUAAUCUCAUUUAAAAAGUCAUUCAUUAAAAAUUACUGACUUUACCCAUGCCUUUGAAUUAUAUAGUCUAAUGACAACUCUUUACUCCUUUAAAGCAUCAGAUUAUUUUAUUUAUUUAUUUAUUUCUGAUUAGCAGUAGUUCUCUCUCUCUCUUUUUUUUAAAUAUUAACACAACAUGAAAUGGUCACAUGGUCUUUCACCAUUCUACAUUCUUUUGAAUUUUCAGCUUUAAAUAAUUUUUUUUUUUCUUUAAAUUCUGGGCACUAGCCAUUUUUAGGCUUUUUCCACUACUAAGGCCAGAAAUGAUGAUCAUUUUAUUAUGGAGGCCCCUAAAAGGCAGUCACUGUUACCUCCUAUGAAGGGACAGACAAAUUACACCCAUACCUUCUCCAAAAUUCAAACCCAGGCCCUUCGGUAUCGCAGUAGACUGACUUCCUUAACCACUAUACCAUCUGGGCAGCUUAAAUAAGUAUUUAUGUUGACACAAUGUGUGAUAGUAAUGUAUAUUUCCUGGUUUCAGGACAGCACUUCAUAGAAAAUUUAAGCCAUUCAUUUAACAACCAUGAUUCUACAAGUAAAUCAGCAUUUUUUCAUUCACCAUGAUUGCAUUUUUAAGUAAUGCUUUCUUUUUUCUUCCAUUGGCUAGACCAGCAAUCUGUUGCUAUGAAAUCAUCUAUCGCAGUAUUUACUGCUAAUUCCGCAGCUUUCUGCAACAUCAGUGGAUUGCUGACUGCCAAUAUCGUUUUUCAUGAACAAUUUUAAAGCAAAUCUUCAGUGCUUUUUACUUCAGUGAACUGUGUUUUUUUCCACUACUCAUCCAUUAAGCAUUUUCAUUUAUAUUUUGCUUUGAUUUUCAAAUAAUAGCUUUGUGAAUUUUCAAAAUAUCUCUUUAGAGGGCUUGAGAAAUAUUUAACAUAAAAGCAGCAUUCCACUGACUCAGUUCUGAGAGUUUUUCGUAGCCAUUUAACAUGUCAACUUUAUCCUUUAAACUUUGAUCUUUAUACCUUUUGCUAAACUCUGUGAUAAAAAUAUCUAAACAGAAGGAAAAUAAUGAGCAUUUCUUAGAACAGAAUAUUCAUAUAUAUAUAAGCUCAAAACAAGUGAAGAGAUAUUUUGAUAUACAAAAAUCAGGUCAUCUAUGAUUUUGCUUCAUUAUAUGAUAAUUCUAGUUAGUUUAGUCAAUCUUUCCAAAACUUAAGAGACAGCUUUCUUUGUACAUUGUUGCCAUAAAUCAAAAACUGCUUAAUGAUUUAAUUCCUUACUUAGUGACAUAACUGUCAUUUGACAGUUUCUAUACUCUAUUUUAGCCUUAUUUGGCAAUUUUACAUUGGGUUAAAAAAAUCUAUUCUAUAAUAUUUCGAUAAUAUUAUCCAGUUUGGUGAUCAUAGUUUGAUAACAACUAUAAUAUUUCGAUAAGAUUAUCCAGUUUGGUGAUCAUAGUUUGAUAACAACAAAGAAUAUUACCUUAAAUUAUUAUUAAUUAAGUAAUUAUUUACCUUCAAGGUAAAUUUUGAAUAUUAACUGAAAGUGUAGAGCCAAUGUCACAGUUUUUUUUUGGGGGGGGGGAUUGAAUGAGCCUUUAUAUGAAUGUAGCAUUAGAGUGUAGAGACAUUAGGAUUUUUUAUCCUUAGAGGCGUGAAAAAUUAGCAAUACCCUCGCUGGAACUUGAAUCAUGGACCUCUCGAGUACGUGCUGAAGAAGGCGAAAGAAAUACCUUAUAUACUGUGCUUUUUAAAGGGGAAUUAGGAGAUCCAAUUGCUAAAUCCUGGUGGUGGAGAAUCAUCACCCAUUACCCUUUUAGUUUGGACGUUACUGUAGAGACAUUAGGUUAUUUCGAAGCGAGAGACAUGAAAAAUAAGCAAUGCCCUCACUGGGACUCGAACCUCGGACCUCCAGAAUAUGGACCGAGCAUGCUGACCACUACACCACGAAGGCAUGCUAAGAAGGCGGGAGAAAUACUUUAUAAGAGAAGGUGAAAAAUAAUAUUCUUUAUGUUAACAGACUCAUCUUUCUUCAUAUCAGUUAGUUACAAAUGAACUGAAGUAAAAAAAUGUGCAUAUUUUUUCCAUUAACAUGCAUAAAAAAUGCUACUUCUUAUAAUUUUAAUAAUCAUAUUAAAUGCACUGAAUUGUUUUAAAAGUUUUAUUUUGAAAAUAGACUUUUAUUUAGUUUUUUAUAUUUUGUAGUAUUUUAAACACUAGUUACUGCGUGAAUUUUAUAUGUGCAUCUAUUAAUUGUACUUAGUUGCAACAGAAUUUAAAUUUAAGCAAUGUUACUGUAUUAAUUAGCCUUAAAAAUUUUAUCUGCUAUUCAGAAAAUAUCCAUAUUUAUUGAUAUAAUGGAGGAACUUGUAUGAGGAUAGCUAAGAUUUAAUUAAUUUUUGUAAUUCUGUAAUUUUAUUAUAAACUUUUAUUUUAUACUGCUUCAUUAUCAAUUGUUCUAAAUUAUUAGUAUGUCCUUAAAUGAGUAACUAUAAUCUUUAAAUAGAAACUAAAUGUUUUCCGUUCCUACACAUAACUGAUUACUUUUAGAAUGUACUAUGCAAAAGGUAUAUGCCCACUUUAAUAGGAAAAGUUAUUUUUGACAAAACAGUUUUUGUUACUCAACAGACCAUUCUAUUAAUUUGUCUAGUCUUCAUUUUUAUUUAAAUUAAUACCAAUGUGUGUAAUAAUUUGCAUUUAUGAAAUCAUAAAAAUGUUAUUUAAUUUAAUAUUUUCAUAAUUUAUGUAAUCUUUUUUGUUUUUAUGAAACUGUAUAUGACAGUAUAGUUUUUAUCCGGCCGUAUAAGGAAAUAGAAUAAAGCGCUUUAGUAAUCAAGAGUUUAAUCGAUUUUCCCAAUGCGUUAAUGCCUCUUCUGUUUCAGAAAAUUUUCAGCAUUAGAUAUCUGAGUAUAAAAAUAUCUGAGUGUUGAAUUUAAAUCUUUUUAAAAUAACCUAAUUUUAAUACCUGUAUUUCAAAGUUGGAACAUUUUUCUAAAUUUUGAAACUCUGUUUACUGUAUCAAUCGUAGCAAAUACUCUUUCUACUAGAAUUCUGCUUUGAAUUUCUCCAUUGUUAUAUAAUCCUAGCCUUGAUAAUUUAGUCUCUCAAAAAUCACAGCAGAAGUAAAACAUUUUAAUAACUUUACCAGUAGGCAUAUAAAUUCCAAAUUGACUUCCUAAAGCCAAUUCCAAGGAUGCAGAAUGUGACAUAAUUUUGCUUCGCAUUUUGAGCAAUUAGCAUUCCAUAAUAAAUCAUUUAAUAGUUAAUUGUCACAUUUAUUACAAAAAUAGAGUUUGCUGUUUUUUUUUUUUUUUUUAACUAAAAGCUUAAAAAUUACUUUAGUUUCCAUAUGCUAAUUUUCUUUACAGGAAUUAUUUCAAUUUUAAAUUAUAAUUCCCUUACAUUUAGUGUUUGUAUCUUUUCUUUUUUAUACAAUUAUAAAAUUUAAUUAUUGAAUGUAUAUAUGCAAGGUAGUGUGUUAUUUUUAUUACUUGUUUAAUUGUUGAUUUUCCUUUUGAAGGAGAAAGAGUAAAACAUCUUUUUUUAGAACAUUAUAUUAGUGAUCAGAUUUUUCUGAAGCAUCUAAUAAUAAUAAUAAUAAAAGAAAGUAUUGUGAUCCAUGCUUAUUUAUAUACGAUUUCAUGAAAUAUCGUUAGAACAAAUUUCAGUAUUUUAAGUCUAUCAUAUGACUUGCACCUUAUUUAAUGAUAAUGUAGGUUAUGUACUGUUUUGUAAUUUGUUGCUUCAUAUUAUUUAAAAACUCUUUAAACUGCCUGUCUACUUAGAAAAUGUAUUAAAUUAUCUCUAAAAAUCAAAAUAGUGGAAAUAAUCCGUCAGGGUAAGUAAAUUUUGUUAAAAAGAAAUAAAAAACUGUGUAUGGAAUAAAGACAAGAUGGCUGAUGUUUUGCCAUUUGUAAUUUAAAACUGUAGUAACAGUCUGUUUCAAAUGACAAAAUUGGAUAGUGGCAUGCAUCUCAAGAAUUGCAUUUGGCAUACAUAAAUCUUUUCUUGUCUGUCACAAGCUGAUAGUUGCUAAUGAAAUAAUAAUUGACUCUUAUUUGAAAUUCUAUAGCUUUUGUAAUGUAAAUAACUUACAUUUGAUGAAAAAAUAUGUCUGAAGAAAUUAUAUUGUGACAACUAACUGAGGUUUAUUAAAUAGUACAGGUCUCUUAAAGAAAUACAAAACAUCAGAAAGACAAUCAAGCAGUAAGAAAUAAUUAAAAAAAAAAAAAAAAAAAAAAAAAAAAACAUGGGUAAAGCUCUUUUAGU